AUGAAGCCCGAAUUCCUCUCGGUGCUCAGCGCCCUCGCUACCCUCUCAGGCCAAUCCAUCGUUGCACCCGAAGCUGGUCUCGCCGGUCCCUCGUUCCCAGCGCCAUCCGGUCUUCGUGACAGCAAGGCUCUGACAUCGGCCAUCAUCGACUUUGGCACCUUGGUCGCCGACUCGCCCAUUGUCCAGGCCAACGAGACAGCAUGGGCCGUGGCCGUCUUCUCAACACACGACGACGAGCCUCUUUACGAGCGCUACUUUACCCCAGACUACGAUGUCGGCGUUGCCGAGGUCAAUCGCAGUUCUGUCUUCCGCAUUGCCAGUGUGUCCAAGGUCUUCAGUGUCUGGACGUUCCUGGCGGAAGUUGGCGAUGAGCGCUUCAACGAUCCUAUAACCAAGUAUGUCCCUGAGCUGGUCACAACUAAGAACGACUCCGUGUCAGGGACUGUAUAUGAUGACAUUGAUCAUGUUCGUUGGCAUGAGGUGACCCUCGGUCAGUUGGCGAGUCAAUUGGCGGGCAUUCCCCGUGACCCCGCUCAGGGGGACAUGUCGACAGAGCUCACGCCGGAGCAGGCAACGGCGUUCGGCUUCCCGACGCUCCCUGAUAGCGAUAUUCCGACCUGCGGUGUGGCCGGACUCCUGAGGACCUGCACCCGCAAAGAAAUAAUCUCCCUUCUUCUCAAACAGCACCCCGUCUUCCCGACCGGCCACUCCCCCGCGUACAGCAACGUCGCCUACGCCCUGCUCGGUUUCGCGCAGGAAGCCAUCACCGGCACACCCGUCAGCAACGCCAUCACAACCAACAUCCUCUCCGCCCUCAAAAUGACGUCCAGUAGCUUCAAGACUGCGCCAACCUCUGGUGGCGUGAUCCCUGGCGAGGCGUCGGCCGUGGGCUGGGACUGGGACUUGGGGACAAUCGACCCGGCCGGUUCCAUGUACUGCUCGACAGGCGACAUGGUCAAAGCUGGACAGGCCAUUCUGGGAUCCAAGACGAUGACACCCGCGCAGACGCGCCGCUGGCUGAAACCGAUGAGCCAGACGGGUGUGUUGGGAUCCGCCGUCGGGGCGCCCUGGGAGAUUCGGCAUCUCACUGUCGGCGGCCGUCUCUCACAGCUCUACACGAAGCAGGGCGACACGGGCGGCUACCGUGCAGCCUUUGUGCUCUCGCCCGAGCACGACCUGGGCGCGGUCAUCUUCUCCGCCAGUCCGCUCGCGUCGAACUCAGCGGCCGUGCGAGAGACGCUGAUGAACGCUGUCGGCAAGGCAUUCCUCCCCAUGGCUGAGGAGCAGACCCGGAUCGAGGCGUGCGACAACUUUGCCGGGACGUAUACGGACGAAGCGACCAAUAGCUCCCUGACGAUCAACGUCGAUAACGUCACGACCGGCCUGCAAGUGUCCGGCUUCACCAGCCGUGGCGUCGAGAUUAUCGGUCCCCAGAGCCCCUUUAUCCCGAUCUACGGCGCGGGACAGUCAGCCCGUCUCUUCCCCUCCACCCUGCGGACUGUACGGAAGACGGAAGAUGGAGCCGGAACGUACACCUCACGACUGGGGUUCCGGGCGAGCUUCUUUAACGUAACGGGGGGUGCGAACGACGUCCAAGAUCCCGGGCUGAUGCAGUGGACAUCGCUUGGGGCGCCGGCGUAUGGAGAGAGGACGCUGGAUGACUGGGUGAUGGAGAUGGGGGAGAAUGGGAAGGCGAGGGCGGUGGAUGCGAGGAUGAUGAGGCUGAAGUUGGAGCGCGAGGGUGCUUGA